AUGACUUUUUCCAGCGAAUUUGUAUUUGAAAAUAAAACAAAAAACGUCCACGAUGAUGAGUUUGUCACGGAGUACAUGACACCGCAGGAUCUCAGCGACAGCGGAUACGAGUCAGUGGAACGCGACUCUACGUCCUGGGCAGGUGCGAUGCCUGCAUCGCAAGGUCUGUAUAAUGCCGAAUAUGAAAAGGAUGCCUGUGGUGUGGGCUUCAUGUGCCACAUGAAGGGCAAGGCAUCGCAUAAGAUUGUAUCAGAGGCACGCUUGCUUCUGUGCAACAUGACGCAUCGUGGUGCAACUGGUGCCGAUGCACGCGACGGAGAUGGCGCAGGUGUCAUGACGGGCAUGCCUGACGCAUUCCUUCGCCGCGAAGUCUCGAUUGACUUUGACUUCGAGCUGCCACCUGUUGGUGAAUACGCCUGCGGUAACUUGUUCUUCCAUUCGCGCGACGACCAGGCGCGUGCUGAACAUAUUCAAAUUUUCGAAAAGAUCUCUGACAAACUUGGAUUGCGUGUACUUGGCUGGCGUGAGGUGCCAGUGGACAGCUCGAUUCUGGGUCCGGCCUCCCGUAGCCGUGAACCCAAGACACUACAGCCGUUUAUUGUCUUGGGCGACUACUACGGCUGGACAUCGAAGAAAAGCGAGAACAAUGGCGCAUUCGAUGAAGCUCUUUUUGACCGUCAACUGUACGUGCUGCGGAAGCAUGCCACGCACCGUAUCGGUUUGUCGAACUGGUUCUACAUUUGUUCGCUGAGCCCCUCGAACAUUGUAUACAAAGGUCAGCUCAGUCCUGUUCAAGUGUACAACUACUAUCAUGAUUUGAACAACUCAAGCUAUUCGGCUCAUUUUGCGCUCGUUCACUCGCGCUUCUCGACAAACACUUUCCCCUCGUGGGACCGAGCUCAGCCUCUGCGCUGGUCAGCGCAUAAUGGUGAAAUCAACACGAUCCGUGGUAACAAGAACUGGAUGCAUGCUCGUGAAGGAAGUCUGCGCUCCGAGGUGUUUGGUGACGAACUCGACUUGCUUUACCCCAUCAUUGAAAAUGGUGGAUCAGACUCGGCCGGCUUCGACAACGUGCUAGAGCUGCUUGUUGUGAACAAAGUGCUGACCUUGCCCCAGGCCAUUAUGAUCAUGGUGCCCGAAGCUUGGAAGGGCACGGAGACUGAUCCCGCUAAGGCUGCCUUUUACAAGUGGGCCGCUUGUCUUAUGGAGCCCUGGGAUGGUCCAGCUCUCUUCACAUUUUGUGAUGGUCGCUACUGUGGUGCUAAUUUGGACCGAAACGGUUUGCGACCAUGCCGUUGGGUUACGACAUCUGACGAUAUCAUGGUGUGUGCCUCAGAGGUGGGUUGCGUUCCUAUUCCCCCCGAGACCAUCACUGCCAAGGGUCGCUUGCGCCCUGGCCGCAUGCUUCUUGUCGACACGCAGGAGGGCCGUAUCGUUGACGACCGUGAACUGAAGGCGAGCACGUCGCACCUCGCUGAUUUUGCUGCCUGGGUCGAGCAUAAUCUUUUGGAACUCAAGUCCAUCACCAAGACGGUGGAGCGACUGGUGCCAGAUCAGCUCACUGUGAAGCUGGAUGACUCGAGUCUGAGCAAUGACCCUCGCCUUCGUGCCUUUGGCUACACGACGGAUCAAAUCAACAUGCUCAUGCUUCCCAUGAUGAACGAAGCAAAGGAGGCCCUCGGCAGUAUGGGUAGCGAUGCACCACUCGCUUGCAUGUCGCAAUCGCCCCGUCUCGUCUACGAGUACUUCCGUCAGCUGUUUGCACAAGUGACGAACCCUCCGAUUGACCCGAUUCGAGAGGAGGUUGUAAUGUCGCUCGACCAGUACAUCGGUCCUGAGGGCAACCUGCUCGAGAUGAACGAGAAGCAAUGCAAUCGUGUGUACCUCGAGAGCCCUGUGCUGAGCAUGCAACAAAUGAGCGCACUCAAGAACAUGCAUUUGAUCUACCCAGAGUGGAAGUCUGUGACCAUCGAUACGACGUACGACCAUGCACUGGGUAUCGAUGGCUACGAAGCCACAUUGGACCGUGUAUGUGCCGAGGUAUCGCAUGCCAUUGAGGAUGGAAUGCGCAUUGUUGUGCUCUCAGACCGCAACGUUGGCCCGAAUCGCGUCGCGAUCAGCUCGCUUAUUGCCUGUGGUGGUGUUCACCACCACCUUAUCCGCCAGAAGCGACGCAACCGCAUUGCACUUGUGGUUGAUACGGCCGAAGCCCGUGAGGUGCACCACAUCUGUGUGCUUCUUGGAUACGGCGCUGAUGCUAUCUGCCCAUGGCUCGCUCAGGAAGCGGUCAUGAAGGUGCACCGUGAAGGUCUCUCCAAGGUCAACAAGACGCCUGAUGAGCUCACUGCCAACUGGCGCGAUGCGACAGACCACGGUAUCUUCAAGGUCAUGUCUAAGAUGGGUAUUUCGACGCUCCAGUCCUACAAGGGUGCUCAGAUCUUUGAAGCGCUGGGUCUGGACAACACGGUCGUUGAUCGCUGCUUCGCCGGCACGGCCUCCAGGAUCCGUGGCUCGACGUUCGAGGUCCUGGCUGCGGACGCACUCGAAAUGCAUGAGCAGGCGUACCCACGCCGCAAGACUGUGACGUUCUCUGGUCUCCCAGAGACCGGUGAUUACCACUGGCGUGACGGUGGUGAGCCCCACAUGAACGAUCCGAACUGCAUUGCGUCACUGCAAGAAGCUACUCGCACCAAAAACCAGGCUGCCUGGCAGGCCUACACCAAGGCCACGCACGAGAUGUCGAAGGCCACGACGCUGCGUGGUAUGCUCGACUUCAACUUUAGCAAGACGCGUCCCAUUCCAGUCGACCAAGUGGAGCCAUGGACGGAGAUUGCGCAGCGCUUCUGCACGGGUGCUAUGUCGUACGGCUCGAUCUCAAUGGAAGCCCACUCAGCUCUGGCCAUCGCCCUGAAUCGCCUGGGAGGUAAGUCCAACACGGGUGAGGGCGGUGAAGACCCCGAGCGCUCCAUCCCGCUCCCCAAUGGCGACUCAUUGCGCUCCAAAAUCAAGCAGAUUGCCUCGGGUCGCUUUGGUGUCACCUCACGCUACCUCUCUGACGCUGACGAGCUCCAAAUCAAGAUCGCCCAAGGUGCCAAGCCUGGUGAGGGUGGUGAGCUGCCCGGUCACAAGGUCUCGGAAUCGAUUGCCCGAACGCGUCACAGUACCGCCGGAGUCGGUCUCAUUUCUCCCCCGCCGCACCACGAUAUUUACUCAAUCGAGGACCUGAAGCAGUUGAUCUACGACCUCAAGUGCUCCAACCCACGUGCGCGCGUCAGCGUGAAGCUCGUGUCUGAGGUUGGUGUGGGUGUCAUUGCCGCUGGUGUAGCCAAGGCCAAGGCUGAUCAUAUCCUCAUUUCGGGUCAUGAUGGUGGUACGGGUGCUGCGCGCUGGACAAGUAUCAAGUUUGCCGGUCUGCCUUGGGAACUGGGUCUCGCUGAGACACAUCAAACGCUUGUGCUCAAUGACUUGCGCGGUCGUGUGGUCGUGCAGACGGAUGGUCAGCUCCGCUCGGGUCGUGAUGUGGCCAUCGCGUGUCUCCUUGGUGCCGAAGAGUUUGGCUUUUCGACGGCUCCCCUCAUUUCGAUGGGCUGUAUCAUGAUGCGCAAGUGUCACUUGAACACUUGUCCUGUUGGUAUCGCGACGCAAGACCCCGUCUUGCGUGAGAAGUUUGCAGGCCAGCCCGAGCAUGUCAUCAACUUCUUCUACUACCUCUCAGAAGAGCUGCGCUCGAUCAUGGCUAAGCUUGGCUUGCGUACCAUGAACGAAAUGGUAGGUCGCUCGGAUCUUCUUUCAGUCGACGACUCUUUGCGCACGCCCAAGACGGCCAAUAUUAACCUGAGUGCUCUGCUCAAGCCAGCCUUUGAAAUGCGUCCUGGCGCAGCCACGCACAAGGUGCGCCAGCAAGAUCACCGUCUCUACGUCCGUCUUGACAACAAGUUUAUCGACGAGGCAGAACCCGCUCUCUCGCGCGGUUUGCCUGUCCAAAUCGAUUGCAAUGUUGUCAACACAGACCGUGCCCUUGGCACGACGCUCUCGUACCACGUCUCAAAGCUGUUUGGCGAGGAGGGCCUGCCGCGUGACACUAUUCACAUCAAAGCCAGCGGUAGUGCCGGCCAGUCGUGUGGCGCCUUCUUGGCGCCAGGUAUCACACUCGAACUCGAAGGUGAUGCGAAUGACUAUGUCGGUAAGGGUCUGUCUGGUGGACGUCUCAUUGUCUAUCCGCCCAAGUCGUCAUCGUUCAUGCCGGAGGAGAACGUCAUCGUGGGUAACACAUGCUUGUAUGGCGCUACACGCGGUCAUUGCUACUUUGCUGGUAUUGCCGCCGAACGUUUCGCUGUGCGUAAUUCUGGCGCGCAUGCUGUUGUUGAAGGCGUCGGCGAUCACGGUUGUGAGUAUAUGACGGGUGGUCGCGUUGUGGUCCUGGGCUCUACCGGUCGUAACUUUGCUGCGGGUAUGAGCGGUGGUAUCGCCUACGUGCUCGAUAUGAACCGCGACUUUGCGAGCAAGUGCAACAUGGAAAUGGUCGAGCUCGGCACUGUUGAAGAUCCACUCGAGAUCGCCGAGUUGCACACUCUUAUUGAGGACCAUCGUCAUUAUACGGGAUCAUCCAUCGCUGAGCAUGUCAUUCACGAGUUCCAUCACCUCCUUCCCCGCUUCGUGCGUGUUAUGCCCACCGACUACAAGCAAGUGCUCCAGCAACAGGCAGCUAAGGCCGCCGAGGAGAAGAAGCGCUCGAGUCAUGUUGACCUUCUUGGUACUCUGUCUAACCGUGGUAGCCAAGUCGAUGUGUCGAUCUCCAACGAGCACGUGGCUUCAGAUGCUGUGUCGGGUGCUGCAAAGACAGAGGAGCCUGCUGUUAUGGACAUGGAGGAAGCCAUGCUCGAUAAGGAACUCGCCAAGGCCCGCUCUGAGAAACUCGACAAGGUGCGUGGCUUCAUGAAGUAUCACCGCAGGACCGAGGCGUAUCGCAAACCUGGCGCCCGCGUUAAGGACUUCAAGGAGCUGUCAACGCGUCUUACUGAGCCAGAAUUGAAGCUCCAGACGGCUCGCUGCAUGGAUUGUGGUGUGCCAUUCUGUCAAUCAGACAACGGCUGCCCGAUUUCCAACAUCAUUCCCAAGUGGAACGACUUGGUGUUCAAAGGACAAUGGUUCGAUGCGCUCAAUCGUCUACUUAUGACGAACAACUUCCCUGAGUUUACUGGUCGCGUUUGUCCAGCACCAUGUGAAGGUGCAUGCGUUCUUGGUAUUAUCGAGUCACCGGUGGGUAUCAAGUCGAUCGAGUGUGCCAUCAUCGACUACGCUUGGGAGCAGGGAUGGAUGGUCCCACGUCCUCCUCAGCAGCGCACGGGCAAGACCGUGGCUGUUAUUGGCUCUGGUCCGGCUGGACUGGCAUCCGCUGACCAGCUCAACCGUGCUGGCCACUCAGUGACAGUAUACGAACGUGCUGACCGUGUGGGUGGCCUGCUCAUGUACGGCAUCCCCAACAUGAAGCUUGACAAGCAUGUCGUUGACCGUCGUGUUCGUCUGAUGGCUGACGAGGGUGUCAAGUUCGUUACCAGCACAGAAGUGGGUAGGGACAUCGAUGCUACCGCCCUUCGUGCGCAGAACGAUGCCGUGGUCUUUGCAACUGGUGCUACAUGGCCGCGUGACCUGAAAAUUCCUGGUCGUGAGGCCGAUGGUGUGCAUUUUGCUAUGGAAUUCCUAUCGUCUACCACGAAGUCACUCCUGGACACACAGCUGGCAGAGGGCACGUACCUGAAUGCCCGUGGAAAGAAUGUGAUCGUGAUUGGUGGUGGUGACACUGGUAAUGACUGUAUCGGCACAGCUGUGCGUCACGGUGCCAAAUCAGUUGUCAACUUCGAGCUGCUACCGCAGCCGCCACAGGCGCGUGCUGAAAACAAUCCAUGGCCCCAAUGGCCUCGUAUCUUCCGUACGGAUUACGGCCACUCUGAAGUCAAGGCGCAAUGGGGCAAUGACCCUCGUGAAUACUGCAUCUCGACCACUGAAUUUGAAAAGGACGAAAGUGGCAAACUCAUCGCUCUCAAGACCGUGCGCGUAGAUUGGGAACUUGACGCCAGUGGCAAGUGGCAAAUGCACAAGAUUCCAGGUAGUGAGGAACGCUUCCCGUGCGACCUUUGUUUCCUGGCUCUUGGUUUCCUUGGUCCUGAGAACGCAGCUAUCGAGUCUCUACAGCUUAGCCGGGACGCUCGCAGUAACAUCCUUGCCGACACAAACCGCGGUGCUCGCCCCUACCAGACGUCCGUGAAAGGCGUCUAUGCCGCCGGUGACUGUCGUCGCGGUCAGUCGCUGAUUGUCUGGGGUAUCCAAGAAGGUCGAGCAUGUGCAGCGCAAGUCGACACUGAUCUUAUGUCGAACUCGUACUUACCUUGGGCUGGCAGUAUUCCAAAGCGUAUCCACGCUCCCGGUCAACAGGUCGGUAAGCAUGUGCCUGCCGCAGCAUCGACGUAA